AUGUCUGAUUUGUAUAAAGCAUACAAUAAACGCCGCGAAUCAGUGGGGUUUCCUCGCCGUUUAGGCGACAUGUCCCAUUUUACCCCCACAAAGUGUUACACCGCAUUCUCCGUGUCUUCUGGAGUGUAUGCAAUUCUUGAGUCUCGAGCAUGGCGCUCUCCACUCGGAGACACAAGUUUAAAAAACUCUUACAUGUUAAUAUCACAUGGAUUUUUAUCCCACCAGUACUCUUUUCUCGACGUGGACUGCUGCCGUCGCGGUACUGGGAACAUCGGCCGUCCUUUGGCUAUCUACACAUCCCCAUCAAAAUACAUAAAUCGAGGAAAAAUUUUGGACUUAUCUUUUGAUUAUGGACAGCCUGCGCAGGAGUUCGACCUGGUGCUUCCACCAAGCGCUUAUGCCGAGGGUCACGUAGAGUUUUGUGCUUGCGAGGACUACCGCUAUGAAUGGCAUUACGAAGAUAUUGAACAAACUGGCAUUUACGCAUAUCAUUUGUGGAGACACCGGUUCUCGGACGGCCAAGUACUGCUUGUUGGUCGAAUUUCGCCCUCCUUGUUUUACAGCCCAGUCGAUGGGUCUGCUUUGUGGACUCUUGAGUUAGAUACCGAUCGACUGCGACCCGAAAUAGCUUUUUUGAGUGCGUUUAUGGUUAAACGACUAAAGAUCUGGCCCGCAUUGACUCGUGUUGUGCCUGCCCCUCCUCGACCAGCUGCAAACCUUAUGUUCGAGGAUGAAGGGGUUGAGAUGCAGCACAAAUCCUCACAUUUCGCAGAUUGGGAAGCUGAAAUGGGUGGGGAUGAAAAAAUUCAAGUCCGAGUUAUCAAGGUCUUCAACCCAGAUUACCUUUCGGCUUUUAGUGUGCCUCUGGACGUUCUUCAGUAUCUCGAGGUGGAAUCGAAUACUACAGCUCGAAACCUCCGAGAUUACUACGGCACCGCCCUCAAUUGCUAA